AUGGCAACCAAACUCACCCACACCUUCAAACAAGUCUCCGGCCUCGAACUAAAAGCAGACAUCUACCUCCGCUCCCUCGACGCUCACCGACGCGAGUACAACCGUUCCCAACCCGUCGUCCUCUAUUUCCACGGCGGCGGCUUCGUGUUCUCGGACCGCGAAGAUGUCCCGCCUCAUAUCGUGCAACUGUGCUUGAUGAGAGGCUGGGUGUUAGUUAGUGCUGAUUAUAGGAAAUUGCCCCAGAUAUCCGGGACGGAGAUGUGGGAGGAUGCCCGGGAUGCUUUUGUGUUUGUGAGAGAGACGUUGCCGGGGAUUUUGGCGGGGAGGUUAAGUGGUGCGAGGUUCGAGAAUGUGGUUUUGGUGGGGAGGAGUGCGGGUGCUUAUCUUUCGUAUCUGUGUGGUCAUAAUAUGGAUCCGAAACCGAUUGCUAUGUUGACUUAUUAUGGGGUUACGUCGAUGUCCGAUCCAUUCUUUCACAGCAGUUUCCAAAUGGGCCCUGCUCCGAUCGGUUGGGAGAGGGUGAAGCCUUUCUAUAGCGAAGAUGUUACUUUAGGAACGACCCUACCUUCGAAGAAGUUCGAUCCAGAUUGUCUGUUGCCAGAUCUGACUCGGAAUCCAGCUUGGAAGAGACCCCAUCCGGAGCCAGGUCCACAUCCGAGGAUAGUACUCGUCCCAUGGUUUUUCCAGGAGAAUCAAUACCCUGAAAUGAUGCAAGAGGUAGACAAAAGCUUAGACGACAAGGCAUGGACGGAGUUCCCGCCCACGAUUUUGGUGCACGGUGAUAAGGACGUGGUUAAUCCGUAUGAGUGUUCGGUGAGAUUGGUUGAAGCGAUAGGAGUACCCCCAGCCAAGCUUUUUACAGCCGUGGGUCAAGGUCAUGGUUUCGAUGAACUGUUCUUUUCUGGCGAGCCGGGACUUUCGGUCGUCGAAGAGGCUUGGAUUACUUUGGAUGAGGCUGUUAAAGCGAGGCUUAAAACACACGAUCUAUCUUAA